AGGUAGUAUUUUGAAGGUAGAACCGGAAGUGUUCAUUUGGAUAAUGUGGGCACGUCGUGUCGUGUAGUUAAACUAUCGGCCUCGAUUGACGGUUGUGUUUUUUUAAAGCCAUAAUUUCUAAGCUUUUGUCUUUGCGUACAUUCUUCUAGAAGAGGGUUGAAGUAAUACGAGUUUCUACACCGAGUUUUGUGUUUGUCCAUUGGUGCUAUCCAAUGAGGGUCUUGGUGACUGGAGGCUCUGGCUUGGUUGGGAUGGCCAUACAGCAUGUGGUGAAAGAGGAAAGCGGGGGCUACGAAGGGGAAGAGUGGAUCUUCCUCUCCUCCAAAGAUGCCAACCUCAUGAGCAUGAAAGAGACACAGGAUGUGUUUAGGAAGCACCAGCCAACCCAUGUUAUUCACCUGGCUGCCAUGGUGGGCGGCCUUUUCAAGAACUUGAAGUGUAACCUGGACUUUUGGAGGAAUAACAUGCAUAUCAAUGAUAAUGUGCUGCAGGCAGCACAUGAAGUUGGUGUGGUAAAGGUUGUUUCCUGUCUGUCCACCUGCAUAUUUCCAGACAAGACCACCUAUCCCAUUAACGAGACAAUGAUCCAUAACGGUCCACCGCAUGAUUCCAACUUUGGAUACGCCUAUGCAAAAAGAAUGUUAGAUGUUCAUAACAGGGCCUAUUUCGAGCAGCAUGGACAUUGCUACACUGCUGUGAUUCCCACAAAUGUGUUUGGUCCCCAUGACAACUUCAAUAUUGAUGAAGGUCAUGUGUUGCCAGGCUUAAUUCAUAAAACCUACAUUGCCAAAAAGGAAGGGAAGCCCCUAGUCGUCUGGGGCUCUGGCACUCCCAAAAGGCAGUUCAUUUACUCUUUGGAUUUGGCUCGUCUCUUCCUCUGGGUCUUGAGGGAAUAUCCAGAAGUUGACCCCAUCAUCCUUUCUGUAGGUGAGGAAGAUGAAGUAUCAAUCAAAGAAGCAGCAGACGCACUUGUGCAAGCACUGGAUUUUAAAGGUGAAGUGGUUUAUGAUACCAGUAAAUCAGAUGGACAGUUUAAAAAGACAGCCAGUAAUGCAAAGCUGUGCAGUUAUCUACCAGAUUUCUCCUUCACACCCUUCAAACAAGCUCUCAAGGAAACCUGUGACUGGUUUGUUGCUAAUUAUGACACAGCACGCAAGUGAAAACAGUCAUCAAGUGGAGACAAAAACAACCAGGUUGACAAUCUGUUACUUUGGUGGGAUGGACACCAGAGAGGUGAUGUGCUGGCCCAGCUGUUAAAGGAGCCCAGAAUUUUACAAAGACGUUGCAUUUUUUUCCAGUCUACAACAUCA